AUGAGGGUGGGCUUACAGUACUCGCCUGCAUACAGCUCCGGGUUCACUUCUUCAACCAAAGGAGAGAGAGCUCUGGCCACCAUGGCAGGGCUCGGCACCGGGGCGGGAGCUCCUGUUGUGAAGGUGUACCAUGAGAAGUCCAUGAUCCUGCCCGAUGUGUCGAGGGUGCUUGCUUGCCUGUACGAGAAAAACAUCGAGUUUGAAACCGUGAAAGAUUCAUACAAGGACAUACUCAGACUCCAGUCAACAAGGAGUGUUCCAGUUCCAUUCUAUGACGGACCCACAUUUCGACAAGAGUCAAGAGCAAUCUGCCGUUAUAUAGCAGAAACCUACGAGCAGCGUGGGUAUCCUUUCCUCCUGGGGAAGGAUGUCCUCGAGAGGGCUUCCAUUGAACAGUGGCUCCGGCAUGAGGAGCAUGCCUUCGAUCCUCCGAGCCGGGCAUUGUUCUGCCACCUGGCCUUCCCUUUCCCUGAUGAAGACAUGAGUGACAUCGACAGAGAGAAGAGGAAGCUGGAAGAAGUCCUGGAGGUUUACGAGCAAAGGCUUGGCGAGAGCAAGUUCCUUGCUGGGAACAAGUUCACUCUUGCUGACCUUGUUCACCUACCCAACACCCAUCACAUAGUGACAUCCGAAGAGUUCGCCUACCUGUAUGACUCGAGGAAGAACGUGCAGAGGUGGUGGAAUACAAUCUCUGCGCGGGACUCUUGGCAGCAGGUGGUGAGGGAUAUGCAGGACGUGGAGGAGCAGUACCAGAUGGAAGAACUUGAGCAACAGCAGCAGCAGCAGCAGCUGGAGCAGCAGUGGCAGUGGCAGCCAGAAGGCCCAGAACCGCCGGCAACAUAUAGCAGCCGCACCAUCCGCAUAGACCCUCGAAAGCAGACAGGCACAGAGUCACGGACAAUACUGGUUCCACCACCCAGCGGCGGUACUAUAUCAUCCUCAUCUUUCACAGUUCAACCUCUUCCCGCAGAAACAACCUCUCACGGCCAAAAUUCACCUGGCCAAAUAAAAGAAAGUAACUUCUUUACUGCCACCGAGAAAACACCAGCACCCGCAAAGCAAAGAAGUCCCACCACUCAGAAACCACCUAGCAGUGCUCAAAGCACCACGAGUAACUUCUUUACCCCAGCAGCCCCUCCUAGCACCACCAAAAUGUCUCAGAGAACUGAUACCGACAAAUCCACCUCCAAAGAUGCCUCAUCUCCAACCAGACCCGGUCAAGGAUCAUCCAAAAAAGCUCCUGAUAAGCUCCAUCUCUCUGAUGAUGAGGCGGCAACCCUUAGCAAACCUACGCUUUCACAAGAAGCCCCCAAACCCACCGACCAAACUCCAUAUGCACAACAGCCCUCUGAGCAAGCGAAGAAGGCCGCAGCUGAUCAAAAAGAUGCUGCUCAUUCACCAAAGCAAGUGGCAUUCAGAGACAUUCAAAAUGAAACUGCACCACAAGCUAGAAGCCGUGGUGCCAAAGACAGCACUAAAGAAGGUAGAGAGGCUGAUCAGAAGAGGGCUGCAUCUGCACCAACCAGGGAACUGCCGCCAGGUUCUCAACAUACCCCUCAAGCAACGCCAGCUGAUCUGAAAGUAUCUGACUCGUCGCCAAUGAAAGAGGGUGCCAUUAGUGAAGAUGACCAGUUCUCCACUAAGAGGCUCAGAAAAAUGCUUGAGCAAAGUGAUCCAGCAGUGCUCAAACCACAGUCAACAGGUAUGCAACCCCCUCCAGUACAGGCAGCUGGCGCAAGAGAUCCUCAAACUCCAAUCACAGCUGAUGAAAGGAGAGCAACUUCACCACCGAAAGGAGGAAUGGCUUCUGAUGAUCGUGGUGCCACACAGCCACGAAAAUCACCAUCCACCAAUGAGCAACAACCAUCCCCACGGAUGCCAAGCCAAUCACCAGCUGGUGAAAGUGCAGCACCUGCGCCACUGCAAGCACCAGCAUCUGAUGCGAGUAAGUCGAUAUCUUCUAAGGAUAGUAGCAAGCAAACAAAUGAAACAUUAUAUUAUCGCAGCUCAGAAACAUCCAGAGAAAUGCCAUCAUCAGCCCCCGAGAAGAGCAUGAGACAACAGCAGCUGCAAAGUGACAAGUCCAUUAGUUCGCCGCAAGACACGGGGAAGCAAGGCUCUGAAGCUGCACCGCCGGUGUCUGGAACCGAGAAACCUGGGAGAACUUCAGGACAAGAUUUACUAGAGUCUCAGGAACAAGCCUCCCCUGACACUCAGCAAGUAAAAAACAACAGAAAUAACAGCAAAUCGGAUGGCUCAAGCAAACCCACCCUGUUUGAUGGUAAUAAAGGUGAUGUCCCUGAGUCACAGAGAGGCGGCUCAUCAACCAACCUAUAA